GGAUGAAGGCACGUGAGGGUCUUCUAAAAUGCAAGGAACUGGGCUUCUUAAAGAAUGAGAUGAAGAAGCUUCUACCCAUCGUGGAUGCCAGCUCUUCUGAUUCAGGAGCAUUUGACGGCGUCUUGGAGCUUCUAGUUUGUGCUGGCAGAAGUCUGCCCGAAGCUAUUAUGAUGAUGAUACCUGAGGUGUGGCAAAAUGAUAAAAACAUGGAUCCUGAUAGAAAGGCCUUGUACGAAUAUUUUUCAGCUCUUAUGGAGCCAUGGGAUGGACCUGCACUUAUAUCAUUUAGAUUACUGAUGACCGCUAUCUUGGAGCGACAUUGGACUGGAAUGGAUUGCGCCCCGGUCACUUUUACAUCACACAUAGUGGACGCGUGAUCAUGGCUAGUGAGGUUGGUGUUGUAGACAUCUGCCAGAAGAUGUGGCCACGAAAGGAAGACUUAACCCCGGAAUGAUGCUACUGGUAGAUUUUGAGAAUCGUAUUGUUGUUGAUGAUGAGGCCUUGAAGCAGCAGUACUCUCUAGCCAGGCCAUAUGGCGAGUGGCUCAGCAGACAGAAAAUAGAACUUGAGGAUAUCAUAAAUUCUGUUCCUGAAGCUGAUAGAGUCCCACCUACCAUAUCUGGAACAGUGCCUGUAUAUCGACAUGAUGAUACUAACAUGGAAAACAUGGGAAUUCAUGGAUUGUUGGCUCCAUUGAAGGCUUUUGGAUACACUGUAGAAGCCCUGGAGAUGUUGUUGCUGCUCAUGGAAAAAGAUGGUACUGAGACUCUUGGCUCAAUGGGAAAUGAUGCCCCUUUGGCUGUGAUGUCCAACAGAGAGAAACUUACAUUUGAGUAUUUCAAGCAGAUUUUUGCUCAGGUUACAAACCCACCGAUUGAUCCAAUCUGAGAGAAAAUAGUCACGUCCAUGGAGUGCAUGAUCGGUCCAGAACGGGACCUUACUGAAUCAACUGAAGAGCAGUGCCAUCGCCUCUCGUUGAAAGGGCCUCUACUGUCCAUUGAUGACGACAGUAGA